ACAGGUGUAAGACAGGUAACACGUUUGAGCUUAUCAUCAUGCUCUUGAUCUGAAAUUGACAAUAGUUGUACAAUUUAGCGAUAUUUUCAGCAUUUUAGGAGUCUCGUACUUCCAACAGCUCCACGUCUUUAAUAGACAGAAUGUGUGAUUCUUGCGGCUAGAAUUCUUCACAGUAAGGUAUUCACGCAACACCCCUUCGCCACACAUUGGUUCAAUCCACAUGCGGUGUUGCAGUCUUGACUCAAGCGUAGUGUGUGUUUUAGAUGAAGAAGGUUUCUGGUGUAGAACAGUUUCGCUCGACUAUAAAAGCGAAGAAAUCCUGCACUUUUGCAGAAUCUUGGUAUCGCUGUUGUGAUUAAGGAACACUAAAGGGCAUACAGCUUCAGAACAAAAUGAUGGACAGACUGCAGACUUACUGAUGAGCAUGCUGGGUAAUGAUAUGCACUAUCAGAGGAUGGAGGAUGUCUUCUCACACCUUCAGAUGUGUGUCCUGGGAACCCCUACAUUUCUGAAGGCUAUAAACGCAUGUUUAUCAAUGUGUGCAAUAAUAAUGCCAUAAAUGGUAUGGCAGCAUUUUAAAACGCCUACCUUUCCAGCGACCAGCAUACAGAACUGUGAGCUAAAGGACAAUAAGCUCACAAGUUGUAGUGCCAAGAACACAUGACGCCUACUCAGAAAAUGAACUUUUGCAAUUAUUUUCAAAUGAAUGAACUUUAAAAUAUCUAAUAAGAAAACCAUGACUGACCUGAAGAAACAGUAAAAAAAUGUAUCCACUCUGGCAGUGACAUUUAUUUUCCCCUUGUCCUCUAAUGAGAGCCAGCUAUCUAUUUGCAUACCGUCACAUGCUGCCAUGACUCAACCCAAUGUUACAGCUAAUAUCUCUCUGGGAUAUGAAUCGGGUAAUCUGUACCGUCCAUUUUCUGUGUUCAGUGUUCUCACGCUCACUUUGCUGGCCAUGCUAGUGGUGGCCACCUUUGUAUGGAACCUUCUGGUUUUGGUGACCAUCCUGAGGGUGCGCACCUUCCAUCGUGUUCCCCACAACCUGGUUGCCUCCAUGGCCAUCUCGGAUGUGAUGGUAGCAGGACUGGUAAUGCCCCUCAGUCUGGUUAGGGAGCUCUACGGUCGGCGUUGGAUUCUGGGUCGGGCCCUAUGUCAGGUCUGGAUCUCCUGCGAUGUGCUCUGCUGCACAGCCAGUAUCUGGAAUGUGACGGCCAUUGCCCUAGAUCGCUACUGGUCCAUCACUCGCCACCUGGAGUACACGCUGAAGACACGCAAACGAAUCUCCAAUGCGAUGAUUGGCCUCACGUGGCUGCUCUCCUCUGUUAUUUCACUUUCGCCACUCUUCGGUUGGGGUGAGAUCUAUUCGGAAGACACCCUGGCUUGUCAAGUAAGCCAGGAGCCCUCUUACACAGUCUUCUCCACCUUUGGAGCCUUUUACCUGCCCCUCUGCGUGGUGCUCUUUGUCUACUGGAAGAUUUACAAGGCCGCCAAGUUCCGUAUUGGCUCUCGUAAGACCAACACCAUCACACCCAUGGCUGAGAUCAUAGAGGUUAAGGAGGCUGAACGACAACCACAGAUGGCCUUCACAGUUCGUCACGCUACUGUAUCGUUCCAGACGGAUGGCGAGACGUGGCGAGAGCAGAAAGAGAGGAGAGCAGCUCUGAUGGUGGGCAUCCUGAUAGGUGUGUUUGUUCUCUGUUGGAUUCCCUUUUUUCUUGCUGAGCUCAUCAUUCCGCUCUGUUCAUGCGACAUACCUCCUGUCUGGAAAAGUGUCUUCCUCUGGUUGGGUUACUCAAACUCCUUCUUUAACCCGCUCAUCUACACAGCCUUUAACAAGAACUACAACAACGCGUUUAGAAACCUUUUUUCCAGACAGCGAUGAGGAACAGAAAGAAGAAAGACCAGAAUGAAAACCUUUGGUUUUUAUGAGUAGAAAGUGAGAAGAACAUCAAGAGAAGCCUUCUUCUCAGUUCAGACACAGAAGAAAAAGCAAUGCACUCACUCUAUCCUUUGUUCCAGGAGGAAGGGGGAUUUCCAACACACAUCAAAAAACCUGCAGGUCUAGUGUUUAGAUUUACACCUACUGUUGAUAAUAUUUGUCUGUGUAUGGCUUCUGCUGCUCUUCAUGGUUUUGGGCACUAUCUGUUAAGUUGGGCACUAUAUGUUGAAUCAGCAGUGCUGAUAUAAUGCAACUUUGCUAAACCAUCCAAGUGUCCGCUUUAGCAAAAUUCAUUCGGACACAAAGCAAACUUUCUGUAGCUCUUGCCAUUUCUGUGAACUCUUGAGAGAGAAACCAUAGUUUCUUUCCACUGUUUUAAUGGAUGUGAAACAUCAAAGCCAUUUUUCUUUUAAUUCUCAAUGAAAACAGAAAGUAGGCAUUUGUACACUUCAUGAAAAUCUGGCCUAAUACAUAUCCUUUCCCUUCUUAAAAAUAUCCUGACUAAGGAGCAAUUUGUAUUUCCAAAACAUUUCCUUUUAUUACAUUAUUUUUUCCUUAUGAAGAAAGUUUAUGUGCAAAAUAUGAACUAAGACAAGACAUGAUUUCAGGUAGAGACAUAGUAUAAUGAAGUGAAAUGGAAAUUUUGAACAGAAUAGUUGUUAUAAAUGACCUCAUAACAAUGCCUUUGUUUCCAAGCAUCACAUCUCAGCAUUUAUGUACAUUACCAUGAAUGGAUUCAGCCUUUCUCUUUGUAAGCCACCAUUGUAGCAGAGUAAACUGGAAUAUGGACAUUACAUGGAACGCAAUGCAAACAAGCCUGCUUUUUUUUCUUUUUCUUUUUCUUUUUUUUUUUUUUUUGUGAUUGGAGAUGUGCUACAGUUGUUAAAUAAAAUUUUUGAUCCGGCAUUCAAGGUUAUUGAAGAUACAGAAUACUUACUCUGUUCAUUGGCUAUCAAUAAUUGAAAGAUCAGUGAAUAAGACAAUGUAAAAGGCUGAAUGUCUCUCAACAGUUCUUUGUCUAUAUAAAUGAUGAAGACGUUCUGAUUUUGUAUUGCAAUGUAGAGACUUGUCCACACACGUCCUUAGCCAAAAGAAAUGGCUGCUUCUGUUAGUGAAAUACCUUUCUAAUACUAAAAUGAAUAAGAUGGUCAGUGACAGCUUUGUUAUGCCCGUAGCAGUUAUCACAGUGCUUCCAGUGUAU